UUCUCCUCACAAUUAACAGGCAAUCAAUUUGGUAGUAAGAGAAAAAUGGAAGAGGAUUGUCAAAUUGAAUUUCCAGCAUUUCCGUAUAAACCCUACCCAAUUCAGAUGGAUUUCAUGAAGUUCCUGUACAAAUCGCUCGAUAAAGGAGGCAUUUCAAUGCUCGAAAGCCCCACCGGAACAGGGAAAACCCUGAGUAUAAUCUGCAGUGCACUGCAGUGGCUAGUAGAUAAGAAGCGUCAGGAAAGUAUAAAAGGUGCGCUUGGUUUGAAUCUGCAGGAAAAUUUGGGAAAUAAGUCAUGUUUGGAUAAUGAUAUUGAUAAUGAACCAGAUUGGAUGAGAAAUUUUGUGCCAAAUAAAGAAUCUGAUACGCAUGAAAAGAAGAAACCUAAAGGAAAGAAAAAAUCUGGGGUUCGGUCAAAGGAUACUUUUAGUAAAAAGGAAAAAGAAGAAACUACUAGGGAUUUAAGUAAUAGCGGUGAAGAAAAAGGGCUAGAGGGGAAUGUGAAUAAAAGGGAAGGAAAAAAUGUGAAAGGGAAUGUUGGGAUUGAUGAGGGGGAUGAAGAGUUUUUGCUUGAAGAGUAUGAGAGUGGAGAGGAAAGUGAUGGAACACUGAAGAGGAGAAAUUCUGGAGCUGAUGUUUGUUUGUCUAGUGAUGAGGAAGAAGAAGAUGGGUUGGGGGACGAGGAAGAUGGAGCAAGAUUGAAGAUUUACUUCUGUAGCCGGACGCAUUCACAACUUUCACAGUUCAUAAAAGAGUUAAGGAAGACUACAUUUUCUAGCGAGUUGAUGGUUGUCUGCUUGGGGUCUAGGAAAAACUUCUGCAUCAAUGAAGAGGUGCUGAAGCUAGGGACCUCCACCCUCAUAAAUGAAAGGUGCUUGGAGCUUCAAAAGAAUAAGAAAAAUGAAGCUUCUAAAACGAUGCAGAACUUGGGAGCUGGAAAAAGAGUUCACCGCACAAAGGCUUCCUGUGGAUGUCCAAUGCUCAGAAGUCGUAAGGUAGAAAAAGAGUUUAAGAAUGAAAUUAUUCAACUGGAACCACUGGACAUUGAAGAUCUUGUUCGUAUUGGACGCAACUUGGGAACUUGCCCAUAUUAUGGUUCAAGAAGGAUGGUGCCCACAGCUGAUCUUGUCAUUCUUCCCUAUCAAUCUCUUCUUUCAAAAUCAUCACGUGAAUCUCUUGGUUUAAGUUUGAAAAAUAGUGUCAUUAUCAUAGAUGAAGCUCAUAAUCUAGCUGAUACUCUGAUCAGCAUGUAUGAUGCAAAAAUUACUCUGUCCCAGCUGAAUCUCUUGCAGUCUCACUUAGGGGGAUACUUUCAGCGAUUUCGCAAUCUCUUAGGACCAGGCAACCGAAGAUACAUUCAGACUCUGAUGGUCCUCACCCAGGCUUUCUUAAGGGUUCUACUUCCCGAUGGGAAGCUUGCAAAUCAUGUUGAUCCUUUAUUUGAGUCUGAGGAGAUAGAAAUUUCCUUAGAUUCUUCAAUGGCCAUCAAUGAAUUUUUAUUUUCCCUAGACAUUGAUAACAUAAACUUGGUCAAACUGUUGCAAUACAUGAAAGAAAGCAACUUAACUCACAAGGUCUGUGGUUAUAGAGAUAAGGUAGCAGUCGCCCAAAAUGGUUCAAGUGUCGAAGAUGUCAAAGCAACAACUUGCAAGGAAGAAAGUGCAGUAUCUUGCUUUCGGGCAUUGGCUGACAUGCUAAUCUCCUUAACCAAUAACGAUGGUGAUGGAAGAAUAUUAAUUUCAAGGCCAAGGCUAACAUGUCGUGGGCAAGAAGGGCAUAUAAAGUAUGUCAUGCUUACUGGAGAGAAGAUGUUCUCUGAGAUUGCUGAUCAAGCACAAGCUGUCGUCUUGGCUGGAGGAACUUUACAACCUAUAGAGGAAACAAAGGAACGACUCUUCCCAUCAUUACUGCCAGAUCGGUUGCACUUCUUUUCAUGCAGUCAUAUAAUUCCUCCAGAGAAUAUUUUGCCUAUUGUUGUUAAACAUGGGCCUUCUGAUCAGUCCUUUGAUUUCAGCUACAAACUCAGAAGCCAGCCAAACAUGAUUGAGGAGCUGGGACUUCUGCUCUGCAAUAUAGUGACAGUAGUUCCAGAAGGAGUAAUUGUGUUUUUUUCAUCAUUUGACUAUGAAGGCAAGGUUUACGAUUCUUGGAAAAUAUCAGGCAUGCUUACAAGGAUUAUGAAGAAAAAGAGAGUUUUUAGAGAACCUAGGAAAAACACAGAAGUAGAAGCUGUCUUGAGAGAAUACAAGGAAACAAUUGAUGAAGUAUCCACCAGUAAUCCUACGUCCUGCAAUGGUGCAAUUCUUUUUGCAGUUGUGGGAGGGAAGAUAUCAGAGGGUAUCAACUUCAGUGAUGGGACAGGUCGAUGUAUAAUAAUGGUUGGAUUGCCUUAUCCUAGCCCAUCAGACAUUGAAUUGAUAGAGAGGGUGAAGUAUAUUGAGGGUCAAAAUCCCAAGUCUUGUGUCUAUGGUAAACAUCGCAGUGGGGAUGUUCAAACUGGAUUUCACAUCCUUAGAAGUUGCAAGGGCAGAGGAAAAGAGUACUAUGAAAAUCUUUGCAUGAAAGCCGUAAAUCAAUCAAUAGGGAGAGCAAUUCGGCAUAUAAAUGAUUAUGCUGCAAUUUUGUUGGUUGAUAUGCGUUAUGCUUCUGAUCCUGCAACGAUUGGAAAGCUUCCACAGUGGAUCAAAAGUCGUCUUGUUCCUACAACUGAGAAUUAUGGCCAAGUCCACAGGUUGCUGCAUCAGUUCUUCAAAUUCCACAUAUCAAAAGGAAGCAAUCAGUAAUAAACUUCUGAUAAACAUUGGUCAGAUGUCAAAUUUGAGUUGAGAUGGCGGUUUUACAUUGUAGAUAGAGAGCUGGACUCAAUAUCGAUUGUAUUGUUUUAAGUUGUUAGUUAAAAGAAACAUUUGCUUUACGUUCUUUCUUUUUAUAAGCAUACGAAUUUUAUUCAA